GUCCAAACCUGUUUUAUCCCAGAGCCCUGAAGGAGCAGCUAGCCAGGAGGGGAAAGGCGCAAUAAUAAAAGGGAAUUGCAGCUUGACAAAACAGCACUGCGAGGGCGUCACGUAGCAACCUACGGUAGCCUAAAAUAAUAAAGCAAAACCUCCGGGAUUUUAUACAGAAAACAAUAAUACUCGUUAAUCUAUAGCGAUGGCUUGAUUUGAUCGGUGGGUUUUCGGUAAAGGCACGGCCAGGGCUCGUGCCUUCGAGAUGCACGGUGGCUCCUGCUGCCGCCAAUCGCUGCAACACGCCACGGAAACCGCAACCGGCCCGGUUCUAUCAUGGCUUUCAAACGGAGAGCGAGGAGGAUGCGGCUAGGGCUGGGGCGCUAUCGGGUGGGGCCCAUGUGGCUCUGGAAGGCCCUGCUGGUGUUCGUGGCCAUCGCCUUCGCAGGACAGUUACUGGGGGUCAUCUUCAACAAAAGCCUCCAGCAGGACAGGUCGCGGUCGCUGUUCUCAUCCGACGGCCAGGGCCCGCCUCUGGGCUCCUGUCGGCCCCACAGCCACGUCAUGUUCCUGAAGACCCACAAGACAGCCAGCAGCACUGUUCUCAACAUGCUUUACCGAUACGGAGAGGAGAGGGAUCUGUUCUUCGCCCUGCCUCUGGGGUACCAGUUUGGCUACCCCCUCCCCUUCAACGCACACAGGGUCAAAGGUUAUAGAGGGCCCCACGUGGCCGAGUUCAGCAUUAUGGGAAACCACAUGCGCUUCAACAAACCAGAGGUAGAGAAGGUGAUGCCAGUGGACACCUUUUACUUCUCUAUCAUGCGUGACCCCGUAGCGCUGGCCGAGUCGUCCUAUGCCUAUUACAAAGCUGUUGCCCCCGCCUUCAAGAAGGCCAAAGGCCUGGGAGACUUCGCCGACAACCCCAGGAAGUACUACGACCCCCGUCUCCGUAACAACCACUACGCCCGCAACCUGCUCUGGUUCGACUUCGGCCUGGACCACAAUGCCAACUUCUCGACCACACUGGCCCGAAGAGGCGAGGCGGCCGUCCGACGCGCCUUCAAACUCAUCCUGGUCUCUGAGCACUUUGACCAAUCCAUGGUCCUGCUGCGCCACGCCCUCUGCUGGCCGCUGGACGCCAUCGUCUCCUUCAGUCUCAACGCCCGCCAGCAGAAGCCCAGCGGAGGCAGCUCCUGGGUGGGUAAAGUGGCUGCUGUGCAGCCCCCCGCCCUGGCUCUAACAGACGACCAACGUCUAAAGCUCCGCGAGUGGAACGCCCUGGACUGGCACCUCUACCAGGCAUUCAACCGCUCUUUCUGGAACGAGGUGGAUCGCUUCGGGAGAAUUAGGAUGGACCAGGAGGUCGCUCUUCUCCGUACCCGCCGGGAUGUGCUGGCCCGGGCCUGCCUGAGGGAUGGCGGGAGACCUGUGGAGGCCAGCCGCAUCCGCGACAAGACCAUCAGGCCCUUCCAGAGCGGCUUGGUGAAGAUCCUGGGAUAUGAGCUCCAGCCUGGGCUGGACAACGCUACUCAUCAGUCCUGUCUGAGGAUGAUCAGGCCAGAGAUCCAGUAUAAGGACCUGCUGGAUGCCAGGCAGUUCCCCAGGGCUGCUCCCCAGGCUGCCCAAGCCCAGGCCCCGGCUAUCCCUGCUGGGGGAGCUUACUUGAGGAAAGACCCUUCUUCCCAACUCAGGACAGGAGAGCUGGGGGUGGGGGAAGGAGGAGGAGGAGGGGGGACGGGGGAGGACAGGAGUCGGUUAUCUCGUAGUAAUAAUAAUAAUAAUAACCAGACAUUGCUACGAGGAGGAGGAGGAGGGAAAGGGAAGAUAAAAUAGUUUUCCAUCUAGAAUUCACUGCCUUGAGAGAAUGGAUAAGACAGAACGCUGACUGAGCCUGUGUACUCUUACUCAUGUACUCGUUGAGUAUUACUAAAGUACUCAAGAGACUUGUUGGAAAUAAAUACCCAUUCUCCCUCCAACCCACCUCUACUGUACAUUCUCUUCUGGCUGAACUUUGGACUGGUUAUGACUCUAUUUCGUGUUCAUAUGGACUUCAUGAUUGCUGUGGAUGUGUUUUAAUGGGACUUGAAACGGAAUUGCAUUGCAUUCAGUGGGCCAGAUGUCGUUCAAAAAUUCUGCUUCUCUGAUCGAGAAAGAAAGUUAGAUUUGGUGGUCCAACUGCUACGUUCAACAUACAGUGAGGGGAAAAAGUAUUUGAUCCCCUGCUGAUUUUGUACGUUUGCCCACUGACAAAGAAAUUAUCCGUCUAUAAUUUUAAUGGUAGGUUUAUUUGAACAGUGAAAGACAG